AUGGAGCAGAGCAGACUUGCAGGAGAAUCGAAGGGGGUGGGGAAGGCGAAGAAUGUGGCGGUGCGCCUGCGCGUUCGCCUGGUUACAGGCUGCAGAGCGCGGCCGACGUCACGUGCUGCUCGGAGGAGCUCGGUGGCGCGGCCGAUAGUAGAGAGGAGAAAGCAGAGAGGGAAGGCGAGCGAAGUGAGCCCGGGCCCGGCCACACCGCGGAACCAGCGGGCCUACCUACACUCCACGCUGUGCACCGAAGGAAUUCAAACGUUCCCACCAUGUCCGCCGCACAGGUAUCUUCGGCUCGUAGACAAUCGUGUUACCUCUGCGAUCUGCCCCGCAUGCCAUGGGCCAUGAUCUGGGAUUUUACCGAACCCGUGUGCCGAGGCUGCGUCAACUAUGAAGGGGCCGAUAGGAUCGAGUUUGUGAUCGAGACAGCGCGUCAGCUGAAGCGGGCUCACGGCUUCCAAGAGGGACGUUCUCCGGGGCCUCCGCCUGUCAAAGUGCAGUCGCUGGCUGCCAGCAAAGACCCGGGCCAGCAGCUCAACCACGUCGACGGUCCGAACAAGGGGCCGCAGCCACCUCUUGAUCGCUACUCCCUGAGCGCCGAGAGACCUCGCUUCGAAUACCCAGGGCUCGCCCACGCUGGCAGGCUUCCAAAUGGCUUGAAUGGACCCAAUGGAUUUCCUAAAUCGGAGGACGUCCCGCCGGAACUUAACCGGCAGAGUCCUAAUUCAUCGCGCAGAAAUCACGGCAUCGUGCCCCCGGGCCCGGUGACGGUGCCGCCCAACCUGCUGCCACAGACUACCCUGAACGGUCCGAGCACAGGAGCCGUCAGCUCCCACGGGCUACUUGGCCGGCCGUCUCCUUCCACCAGCCUGGCCGGCACCUCGCUCACCGUCAACAGCCAGGUGCUGAGCGAUGUCAACAAGCGGCCCGGCUCGGUGUCCAGUAGUGACCAGGAGCGGGAACUAAAGGAGAAGCAGCGCAAUGCCGAGACGCUGGCCGAGCUGGGCGAUAGCUUGCGGAACCGUUCCGAGGAUUGGGUGAGCAAGCCCAAGAUCGUGCGGGAGACGCUGCUCACUCUCUCCAACUGCAACCCCUUCGAUGUGCGUUUCAAGAAGGACCACUCUCUGCUCGGCCGGGUCUUCGCUUUCGACGCCGUUUCCAAGCCCGGCAUGGACUACGAAUUGAAAAUCUUCAUCGAGUAUCCGAGCGGCUCGGCCAAUGUCUUCUCCAGCGCUUCAGGAGUGGCCAAGCAAAUGUACCAAGACUGUAUGAAGGAUUUCGGCCGGGGCCUUUCGUCCGGCUUCAAGUACCUCGAGUAUGAGAAGAAACACGGUUCAGGGGACUGGCGGCUGCUGGGGGACCUGCUGCCUGAGUCGGUGCGAUUCUUCAAGGAGGUGGUGGGAGCCGACAUGCUGCCGCAGCCCCACAUCGACGCUAGUUGCCCCAUCUUGCCCACCGCCCUGUGCAACUUGCCCCGUCCCCCGCCAAGCAGCUCCAGGCCCGGGAUGCGCAAGCGGAAAGCUUCUCCCGAACCGGACUCAGAAACGGGUGGCAUCAAAGAAGAGCGGCAGCAACAGUGGUUGCCUAACCAAAACGAAGCCUUAAAGCUCACCAUGGCGGCAUCUGGUGCCUUUGGAGCGGCCGGCGUGGCGCACGGGGCUCCCAAUCUUCCUCCCAACCGGACCACGCCUCCCGAAUGCAGCCCCCAGAACGGACAGUCGCCCAUGGCUGCUCUGAUGUCCGUCGCUGACACCCUGGGCAAUGCCCACUCGCCGAAAGACGGCAACAAUUCCGUACACUCGACCACUACCACCAACACCAGGCGGAACAGCAACAGUCCGGUGUCCCCGGCGUCAGGGGGCAGCCAGCGCCGCAUGGUGUCCAGGAACGGAGAUGUUGCUCUGUCCGUUGCUCCUCCCAACAGCCACCCCAACCCCAGCAUCGAUCCCGUUCACCCCCCAAACAUUCCAGACUCUCCGAUGGCCAACAAUGGGCCACUCUGCUGCACCAUUUGUCACGAACGUUUGGAGGACACUCACUUUGUGCAAUGCCCAUCAGUGCCCAAUCACAAAUUUUGUUUCCCCUGCUCACGGGAGAGCAUCAAGGCUCAGGGGGCUAAUGGAGAAGUUUAUUGCCCCAGUGGAGAAAAAUGCCCAUUGGUAGGUUCAAAUGUUCCGUGGGCCUUCAUGCAAGGAGAGAUUGCUACAAUCCUAGCCGGGGACGUUAAGGUCAAAAAAGAAAGAGACCCUUAAUCUUUGUUGAUACUUCAAUGAUUGAAGUCAAAUGUGAAUAAGAACUAAGCAUUUAGUCUUAUGUAUAGACAUUUUCAUUUUUCGUCGUAUGUUUCUAUAUUUUGAAACAAGGUAUGUACUCUUCUUCAAUUGAAGGAUGAACCUGGUUUUAUGAAAGAAUAUCCGAUAUUACUGCUUAAUACUGUUUUCACUUAUCGAUGGCAGUGUGUUGGCUAGGUACAGAAUCAUAGCACUUAGCAAUUAACGCUGCUGGUGUGUUUUUGUAAAUGUAUGCACUUCGCUGAAUUGCCAAGGCCAGUGUUGACGUCUGCAGAAAUGCAAACAAAUUGUUACAAAGAAUGGUUACAGUUAUGUUACAAGCCCUAUGGAUAGUCUACAAAGUGACUUUUUUUAAAAGGUGAGGGGUUCUUUAUAUUAGUUUCCAAGGGCAAAAUCUUUCAUUUUAUGAUUCAGUGAUCUGAAUUUUUUAUAAUGUGUUUUUUUUGCUUUAUGGAUGCACGAAUGCUUUAAAUUGUAGAGCAAAAUGCUGUACUGUAUAUGACAAAAUGCUCUGUUUGUUCUUUAUACAUUUCUGUAGUAACAGAAGACUGUAAUGUGCCUUGGAGCUGAAUAAAUUGUAAUAAAUUCAAUGAAUAAGCU